CCCGCCGAAGUGCCCGUCGAAGUACCAACAACUACUUGCAAAUCAAAAAAGAAGCAUUACUAUAAGAAACCCAAGCACGUCGAAGUAGAUACCGUUGUUGUAAAGAAAACAACUUGCACUAAGCCCGUCGAAGUAGAUACUGUUGUUGUAAAGAAACCUUGCACUACAAAGCCCGCCGAAGUGCCCGUCGAAGUACCAACAACUACUUGCAAAUCAAAAAAGAAGCAUUACCAUAAGAAACACAAGCCCGUCGAAGUAGUUGAAAACGAUACUAUUGCUGUAAAGAAAUCAACUUGCACUAAGCCCGUCGAAGUAGAUACUGUUGUUGUAAAGAAAUCAACUUGCACUAAAAAGCCCGGCGAAGUAGAAGCAGAAAAUUCAAAAGAGGGAACAAAAUAUGUAAAGAAAUAUAAGAAAGUUCCACACUACACGACUGUAGAGUCAUAUGAAGUAGAGAAAUAUACUAAAUGUAUUCCAAAGGUUGUAGCAACUACUAUUCCUACUUAUAAGGUUAAGAAGUAUUACGUAAAAGAAUCUUAUAAAAAGAAAGUAAAUUAUGAAGAAUCUCCUGAAGUAGAAAGUGAUGUUGAAACAGAGAAACCUGAAAAAUCGUCUAAAGUAGAAAGCGAUGUUGAUACAGAGAAACCUGAAAAAUCGUCUAAAGUAGAAAGCGAUGUUGAUACAGAGAAAUCUGAAGAAUCUCCUGAAGUAGAAAGUGAUGUUGAAACAGAGAAAUCAAAGAAACACAAGAAAAAGCCCGAGGAUGUAGAUUCAGAUACUGAAGAAACAACUGAAGAAACAACUGAAGAAUCAGGUGAAGAAUCAGGUGAAUCCAAGAAAUACAAGAAAGUUGAAGAAUCAGGUGAAGAAUCAGGUGAAUCCAAGAAAUACAAGAAAGUUGAAGAAUCAGGUGAAGAAUAUGGUGAAUCCAAGAAAUACAAGAAAUACAAGAAAGAAGAUGAUGAUGAAUAUGAAAAAUAUUACCACCACAGACCUUACCCUAAACUUUGCACCACAACAUCAACCACGACUACUACAACUUGUACCAAAAAAUAUCAUGUGAAACCUUAUCCAAAGUAUUUCCCAAAACAUCACCCAGAACAUCACCCAGAACCUCACCCAGAACACCACCCAGAACACCACCCAGAACCUCACCCAGAACCUCACCCAGAACACCACCCAGAACACCACCCAGAACACCACCCAGAACACCACCCAGAACCCUACCCAUAUAAGACCUGCACUACCACCACCACUACUACACCUCAUGUGUGCACUACCACCCCACCACCACCACCACCGCCCAAACCCACCU